AAGUACAGCGAAGCACGUAUUACGCAUUAAUCCAUGACAUGACAUAUAUAUAAUAGUAGGAUGCGGCUUUACAGUCAGUAAAGUGAUAAUAGAUCGAUGGCGGUGUUGAUAAGGUUAAUGACAUUGGUGGUGGGGUGGUUAGUGGUGUUUAGCACGGCGUCAUAUGGGCGUAUGGUGGGUGGGAAGACGGAGAUAUCAAACGUGAGGACAAACGAGGAGGUACAAGAUAUAGGAAGAUAUUCGGUGGAGGAGUAUAACCGGAGUAAGAAGGUGUGGAAGGAGGGGGAAGGGGAAUUGCAGUUCGUGGAAGUGGUAGAGGCGCAACAGCAAGUAGUGUCUGGAAUUAAGUACUAUAUGAAGUUAUGGGUUACUCGGUCUCAGAUAGAUGGGGAUGGGGAUGGUGUUCCUACAAUGUUCGAUUCGGUCGUGGUGGUUAAGCCAUGGCUAAAUUCCAAACACCUUCUCCACUUUGCCCCUUCCACCCAGUGACUAUUUCUUAAUUAAUUAUGUACUUCUAUCUAACCAUCCACGAUGUACUAAAUCAAUUUCAAUUUUCAACCAUCUAUCAUAUCAACUACUA